AUGGAUACUCUACAGAAGAUCGAUCUAUAUGCCACUCGCCUGGCGGACAUCAAACAGGAUGUGAAAUACAAGGCAGGCGUAGCGAGUGAGCUACGAGAUUCAGUUGAGAGCUUAUGCACUCCGCCUCCGACUUACAGCAAGUUUCUAUCCAAGUUAUGGCCUGUGUUCAAAAAGAUCCUGGAGGGCAAGCCCGACUUCUCACCUAAUACCGCCGAACAUGUCCUACGAAACCAGAUCCUCGAGGUGAUACAUAGACUGCAACACCAGUCACCGGAGCUGGAGCCCUAUGCUGUGGAUAUGAUAGACACUCUGAUGGCCUUGGUACGGGUUGAAAACGAGGAUAAUGCUGUGCUCUGCUUGCAGACAAUCAUGUACCUUGAGAAGAGUCAGCCCAAGGCUACAGAGUCAAAAGUUCUACCCUUCCUCGAAUUGAUACAGGAGAUGUUUGAUCAGAUGGAACAAGUGGUUAAAGACACAUUCGAUGCACCCGCACCGCCCACCCUCCCAGCGACGGCGACCCCGAAUCUCACCACUCAAGCAACCCAAUCUCCACGACCAGGAUCGCCGGCCACUGUGGUGUCUGAUCCAGGCGCAGAAAAGAAGGAUCAUACUCCACUAGCAAGAGGCAUGCAGUCUUUCAAAGUCCUUGCUGAGUGUCCAAUAAUAGUGGUAUCCAUCAUGCAGGCUCAUCGCCCGCUUGUCCAAGGUUACGUUACCAACUUUGUCCCAUCGAUCAAGAACAUCUUGCUCUUGCAAGCGAAGGCACAGGAGAAAGCUCAUGCUGAGGCUGCAAAGAAUAACACAAUCUUUACUGGUGUGAGCAAGGAUAUCAAGAAUCGAGCCGCUUUUGGAGAGUUCAUCACUGCGCAAGUCAAAACCAUGAGCUUCCUGGCUUAUUUACUCAGGGUAUAUGCCAACAAGUUGUCCGAUUUCUUGCCCACCCUGCCGGGAGUAGUGGUCAGACUGUUAAAAGAUUGUCCUCGUGAGAAGUCUAGUGCCAGGAAAGAGCUGCUCGUGGCCAUUAGACACAUCAUCAACUUCAAUUACCGCAAGAUAUUCUUGAACAAGAUCGACGAUCUCCUUGACGAGCAAAUCCUCAUUGGUGACGGCCUGACGGUCUAUGAGACUAUGCGCCCGCUCGCAUACAGUAUGCUGGCUGAUCUCAUUCAUCAUGUCAGGGAAUCCUUGAACAAAGACCAGAUCCGACGUACUAUAGAAGUUUACACGAAGAACCUCCACGACAACUUUCCUGGUACGAGCUUUCAGACCAUGAGUGCGAAGCUCCUACUCAACAUGGCCGAAAGCAUUACAAAACUCGAAAACAAAGAGGAUGCGCGGUACUUCCUGAUCUUGAUACUCGACGCCAUAGGCGACAAGUUCGCUGCCAUGAAUCAUCAGUACAACAAUGCUGUCAAGCUCAGCAUGCUUUACGCGGACAAGUCCAAAGACAAGGAGACAGACAACUACUUCGAUGAUAGAGAUCAAGUACCAGAUUGGGACGAAAUCGACAUCUUCAAUGCUAUGCCCAUCAAGACUUCCAACCCAAGAGAACGAGGUGCCGAUCCAGUUUCAGACAACAAAUUUCUGUUCAAGAAUCUAGUCAAUGGCUUGAAGAACAUGUUCUAUCAGCUCAAAGCCUGUAACCCAGCCAAUGUGACGCUGGACCCAGCUACUGCACCCCCAAACUGGUCCGAGGUGUCCUUUGGCUACAACGCCGAAGAGGUGCAAGUCAUCACGAAACUCUUUCAUGAAGGUGCUCGAGUAUUCCGAUAUUACAGCUCUGAUUCAACCAUCCCAGAUAUCAGUUAUACGUCUCCAACCGACUUCAUGGCGAGCCACUCCAUGGCACAUAUGAGUCGUGAAGAAAAGGAGCUACUCGAGAGUUUCGGUACCGUUUUCCAUUGCGUUGACCCAGCAACGUUUCAUGAAGUUUUCCAGACAGAGAUACCCCAUUUACACGAUCUAAUGUUCGAACAUACUGCAUUGUUACAUUUACCCCAGUUCUUUCUGGCCAGCGAGGCUACAAGUCCAGCCUUUGCUGGCAUGGUGUUACAAUAUUUAAUGGACAAGCUGCCCGAAGUGGGCUCCUCCGACAUAAAGCGCUCAUCGAUACUGCUUAGAAUGUUUAAGUUAUCUUUUAUGGCAGUCACCUUAUUUUCCGCGCAUAAUGAGCAGGUUCUACAUCCUCAUGUGACCAAGAUCGUCACGCAGUGUGUUCAGCUCUCUGUUGUUGCAGACAAGCCGAUACAUUACUACAUUCUUCUUCGCUCACUAUUCCGUAGUAUCGGUGGAGGACGUUUCGAACUCCUUUACAAAGAGAUCUUGCCUUUACUGGAGAUGCUGUUAGAGACCUUCAAUCACCUGUUGCAAGGUGCUCGAGACCAACAUGAUCGAGACCUCUAUGUUGAGUUGACCUUGACAGUGCCAGCUCGGCUUAGCCACCUGCUACCACAUCUGGGCCACUUGAUGAGACCUCUAGUCGUUGCCCUAGGCGCAGGACCCGAUUUAGUUGGUCAAGGUUUGCGAACUCUAGAACUUUGUGUGGAUAACCUUACUGCGGAUUAUCUAGACCCCAUCAUGGCCCCUAUCAUGGACGACUUGAUGACGGCACUCUUUGAGCAUCUCAAGCCUCAACCAUAUCAACACUUCCACUCGCACACCACGAUGCGUAUCCUUGGCAAGCUUGGUGGUCGCAGUCGAAAAUUCUUGAAUAGACCGCCUGAACUCAACUACCGCAUCGCAACGGAUGAUGAGCCGAGCUUCAAUGCCAAGCUGAGAGACACGAAUCAAGAGCGACCUUUUCCACUAAGUCCAGGCAUAGAUUUAGCUGUUCGCAAGCUCAAUGAAGCUACAAGAACUCCUUCUGUUAAGGCGAACGACGUCUAUUAUAAGCAACAUGCAUUUCAGCUUCUCAAAAUGUUUAUCGGCGUCAAUCAGUUGCCCGAUGAAAUGGCUGCUUUGUUGCGCCUGCAGGCCAACGACCUACUGGCGAAGCGAUUUGGUACCUAUUCGAACAUUCUCAGUCCUAAAAACUCUUCACAAUCACUACAGCCAGCACACUCUGUUCAACAACAGAAGGCACAAGAAGAGACAUUGAAGAAACUGCUGAAAGCUUGUUUUGCUGCAACAUCGUCUGAAGAACUCGCGCCGGCGGCUUCGGAACUGAUAGCGAAUGUAUGUCGACACUUCACUAUCGUUGAGCUAGGACAAGCUUUGUGCGAAGCUGGAUGGAAGACUCGAGAGUUUGAUGUAGGACUUGAAGACAGUAUGCGAUUUCUAAGCACUCAUAUCUUGGCGGAUGUGCUUGUAGAUUGCUUCGCGUCGGACAAUAUUGUGGUACGUGAAGCAGCAGAACAGGCGAUCUUUAUCAUUCGAGAUACAGCUCGGACCAUAUUCGGGAACGACGAAAACGCAGCACGCCUCCCAGUCUUCUCGCAUCUUGUGUACACUUUCUGUGCUAGAUGUCGGGAGGUGGAGUGGUUCACGAAAGCCGGAGCUGCAUUAGCAGUUGAGCUACUUGUCACAAAGGUCGAUCUUGGCCAGGCAUUUCUGCUCAGCAAGCAACUUGACCUCAUCAAAGCUUUGUCUUUCGUGAUCAAGGACACGCCAUCUGAAGUGCCAGCUAGCACGAGGAUAGUGGCGGAAAAUACACUGGAGUUCAUUCUACACCGUACUUGCAAGGGUCUGAACAAGGAGAGUUUGAGUGAUGACAAGGGCAGGCUGUACACGCUCUGCACAACCUUCAUCACUGAGCUUUCGCAUAUGAAUCCACAUGUUCGCGACGCAGCACAACAGGCAUUUAAGAUUAUAGCUGGCGAGGUGGGAGCUGAGGUUCACGAGCUCAUCUUGCCUGUCCGCGAUCGUCUGUUGCAGCCUAUCUUCAGCAAGCCAUUACGUGCGCUACCCUUUUUGACACAAACGGGAUUCAUUGAUGCCAUUACCUAUGCCCUCAAUCUUGGCCAUGAUCUUGUCCCUCUCAACGAUCAGCUACAUCGUCUGAUGAUGGAGUCUCUAGCUUUAGCCGACGCUGAAGCUGAUAUCUUGCACCCAAAGCCUGACGAAUACAAUAACGCUGAACUGAUCAAAAAUUUGAGAGUAUCCUGUCUAAAGUUGUUGAGCAUGGCUAUGACACUUCAGGAUUUUGCCACCACACAGAACAACAGCCGAGCCAGAAUAAUUACAGUGUUUUUCAAGCUACUCUAUUCUAAGAGCAAAGAGAUCAUCGACGCAGCAAAUGAUGGCUUGAAGGAGGUUUUGGCACAGACGAACAAACUGCCCAAAGAUCUCUUACAGAACGGAUUGAGGCCCAUUCUCAUGAACCUGCAGGACUCUAAGAGGCUGACUGUCGCUGGACUUGAAGGAUUGGCUCGUCUCCUAACUCUGCUUACCAAUUAUUUCAAGGUUGAAAUUGGCGCAAGACUUCUAGAACACAUGAAAGUCAUUGCAGAUGAACAGUUACUCCAGAAAGUGUCUUUCAAUCUCGUCGAGCAACAGCCUCAGAUGAAAAUCGUGGCAGCUAUACUCAACAUAUUUCACCUGCUUCCACCAGCAGCCACAACCUUUAUGAAGGAUCUGGUUGACAACGUGCUUGAUCUUGAGCACAAGCUUCGUAGAACAACAAACAGUCUUUUUAGGAUACCACUUAUCCUCUAUCUGAAUAAGUACCCAAGUGAAAGCUGGGCAUUUUUCUCCUCUCGUCUGUCAGAAGAGCGUUAUGGAAGGUUCCUAGGACAGGUACUUGCUGAUGAGGCCAGUGGUCCGCUUCGAAAGCACAUUCAAACCGAGACAGAUAGCAUAUUGAAGACAACUUUCGAAGAGUCAGUCAACGACGACAAGUAUAUCGCAAUCAUUAACACGAUCUACCUUGUCUAUUCUAUCACUUUGCAUGAGGACGGGCAAGACUGGCUCAAAGAUCAAAUCCAGCUGCGAAAGAAUCUGCUUUCAGCCACGAAAGAUCUACAGGCCCGACUCAAGAAGGAUCAGCUCGUUAAGACGCAGCGACUGCGAGCUGUGCAAGCUGUCGACCAACUGGUAACGAUCGUAACCAGAUAUUUGAGUCUCCCAGACUGUAAUGCAAACUACAUGUGGGAUUUCAUGGCCGCCUGCGCUCAAGGCGACCUCAAAUCGGGUGUUACCUUACAACAGUUCUUGUACAGCAGUAUUGUGUGUUCGCCAUCAACACAACAUCAACAGUCUCUUGUAGUCCGCGGACUAGAGACUUACAACUCCAAGACUGUAUCGCAACGUUUCAAGACCUUCAUUAUGCACAAUGUCGUAAACCCUAUCAUUGCACAAGACGUCAAAAGAGAGCGUACUAACUUUGAGCGAUCUGGCCCGGUACUCGACAAAGCUAUCAGGGAACUGAUUGCAGAAAAGCUUUGGAGAAAUCCACCAUCGGAUGUACCGGAUGAGUGGGCUCAACGAGGUGUUGACCAUGCGAGAAUGGAAGCUUUUCAACUUUCCGCUUUCCUGACCAAAUACCACAAGGACGACUUUUCGGAUGUAAGAAAGGAAAUUGUCAAGUAUAGCUGGGCUUGUAUACGUCUUGAGGACACUAUCAAUAAGUACGCAAGCUACGUUCUGAUCAGUUAUUACUUCCGGUCGUACGAAGCGCCACCAAAGCCGAUAAUCCAGGUUUAUAACCAGCUGCUGAAGGCCCACCAGAACGAAGGCAAGACUCUAGUCACCCAAGCACUUGAUAUACUAGCACCUGUCCUUCCAAUACGCCUCCCUGCUACAGGACCUGGAGAGAAAGGCCGCCCGCAUUGGGCUCGGCUACCUAAGAAGAUACUCUGCGAGGAGACUGGAAAUUUGUCUCAAGUACAGAGCAUCUUUCAGUUCAUCGCUCGCCAACCAGAGCUCUUUUACGACUCACGAGAAUAUUAUGUCGUUACGAUGGUACAGAUGUUGCAUAAGAUAGCACCUCCUAUAGGCGCCUCAAACGAAGCUAAGAAGAUGGCGCUCUCGCUUGUUCAAUUGGUUUUGACCUGGGAGAAGACACGUCUCUCUCAGGCAUCACCACAAGCCUCGAAACGCGAUAUCGAUGGUCGACCUGUUUCAAGUCCAGGUAGAGACGCAUGGCAGAUACCACUUGAGCAACGUACUCUCAUAAUAAAGUAUCUGAUCACCUUCGUCGCUUCUCUGCAGGAGCGCUAUCCUGUACCAGCUGCUGAUUUGAAGCAAAAAGCAAUACAGAAGAAUGCCCAGCAACCUGUCUCGAAUGAAUUGGUUGUCAAAGCAACUGGUAUGUUGCAGGAACUUCUUACCUCUCCAUUAUGGACAGAUAUCGAAGUUGGCUUAUACGAAAAAGCUGUUGACAGCACUUUGACUGGUGAAAAGGCUGACAAGCCAGACGAGAAGCAUCUUACCACCAUGAUCAACUCUUUGCAGGUCAUCAGGAUAUUGUUGAGCAUCAAGAGUGGUGAGUGGAUCGCGUCGCACAUCGAUACGAUUUCUAGAUUGCUUGAGAAGGUGCUCAAAAGCGAGGAUACCGAGAUACAGGAUUGCCUACACUAUGCUGCACCUGACGAUAAGGCGCCACCCUUGAUGGUCCAAGUACUGCAAGCAACACCACAAGAGAAGCAGGAAGAUGAGGAUGCAAUGGAGCUCGAUGGUGCUCAAUCUGACUUCCUCACAAAGUUUGGCAAGACAUUCGUCGGGGAUCUGUUGGGUUCAGGCACUUUAGUUCCGGGCAUCAACAACUUGUGGACAUUAUCCAAAGUGCAACCAUCGGCAGUCGAUGAACAUUUCAAGAGCAGCAUGCGCGCUCUACAAGGCAAGCUGGCCAAGGAUCAUUUGAAUGCUUAUGUGGCGCCAAUUGGACCACCGCCACAAGGCUGGCGCCCGGGAGAGCCUAUCAUGGAGCCGUAUGAAUUAGCCUUGGGCAUCGAUCUCAUCAAGAAAACGAUCGAUGUCCUUGCAUCUCGCAUGUCAACGUUAGGUGACGACCGUCGGCCUUUCCUGAGUGUGUUAGCUUCCAUAGUCGAGAAGUCCUUCAACGUCGAACUAUGUAACAAGAUCCUAGACAUGGUCGAAAGAUGGGUCUUUGAUUCAGCUGAAGCGUGGCCAACUCUGAAGGAGAAGACAGCUGUACUUCACAAGAUGCUUGUGUUCGAAAAGUGGCCGAAGCCUGAUCUUUUGGAUCGAUUUCUUGAACUCGUGCUUAAGAUCUACGAGGAUCGAGCAAUCACCCGGACUGAACUCACUGUCAGACUCGAGCACGCUUUCUUGAUUGGUACCCGAGCCAAGGAUGUCAAAAUGAGGAGUCGUUUCAUGAAUAUCUUCAACAACGCUCUAUCAGAGAGUGCCAACAAGCGACUCGAAUAUGUGUUGACGGUGCAAAACUGGGACACGUUAGCAGAUUCGUUUUGGUUGAAACAAGCAUCACAACUGCUAGUAGGCUCGAUCGAAAUGAAUUCUCCUGCACGCCUCCAUCACGAAGACAUGAGAAUCUGUCCGAUUUCGGAGCUGUACAAAAAGGAACUGGUCAGCAAGGAACAAGAGCAGGACGAAUUGAUCAUUGAGGAAAGCUUGGAGAAUCUCGUUGCCUCCCAGAAGCGCUUCAAUCAAGAAUUAUCCGAGGUUCGAGCCAAGCACAUUUUGGAGCCAGUGGUACAACUACAACAUAUCGAUGAUUGGGUUGCUUGCGACCUUUGGACGAAACUUUUCCCACUCUUCUGGUCAUGUUUGGCUCGUGAGGAACGUAUUGAUCUCGAGAAAGGCAUGGUGACUCUGUUGACUCGUGAGUAUCAUCAACGACAACUCAAUAACCGACCGAAUGUCGUCCAAGCUCUACUGGAGGGCUGCGUUAGAGCCAAGCCACGUUUCAAGAUACCGCCACAUGUUAUGAAGUUCUUGAGUCGACAUUACGAUGCUUGGUACACCACUCUGGUGUCGCUGGAAGAAUCAGCUGUUAAUCCAGUGAUUGAUACACCUGCUGUACGUGAGAGCAAUCUUGAUGCGCUUGUAGAGAUCUACGCUGGUCUGCAGGAAGACGACCUUUUCUACGGCACGUGGCGUAGACGUUGCAAAUUCAUGGAGACAAACGCUGCUCUUUCUUACGAACAGCACGGCAUGUGGGACAAAGCCCAGCAAUUAUGGGAGGCGGCACAAGUCAAAGCUCGAACCGGCGUCGUACCGUUCUCGCAAGGCGAAUAUUAUGUCUGGGAAGAUCACUGGCUCAUUUGUGCUCAAAAAUUGCAGCAAUGGGACAUACUGGUCGAAUUUGCUAAGCACGAAAACUUCAAUGAUUUGCUCCUUGAAGCGAUGUGGCGCAAUAUUGAUGCAUGGGGCAACGAGGAGCACAGAUUGUCGCUGAACAACAUGAUCAAGAGUGUUUCCGACUCUCCAACACCACGACGAGCUUUCUUUCAAGCUUUUAUGGCGUUGUUGCAGUACAAUGGCAAACAGAUACCAAGAGCAGAAUUUCAACAUGUAUGCGAUGAAGCGACUCAGCUGUCGAUCAGGAAGUGGCAUCAACUCCCUAAGCGACUUACAAAUGCACAUGGACCUAUUCUGCAGAACUUCCAGCAACUUGUUGAACUUCAUGACGCUAGCAUUAUCUGCGAUAGUCUGAUGAGCACAAACGAGCGGAACCUGGAUAGCAAAUCUCAAGAGGUCAAGCUUCUCUUACAAGCAUGGCGGGACCGGCUACCUAACAUUUGGGAUGAUAUCAAUGCUUGGCAGGACCUUGUAACAUGGCGCCAGCACGUCUUCCAGCUCGUCAACAGUACUUACCUACCCUUGAUACCUCAACAAGCAGGACAAAACAUUGGAAACAGCAGCUAUGCAUUCCGAGGGUACCACGAAACCGCAUGGAUCAUUAACAAAUUCGCCCACAUUGCACGAAAACACAAUAUGCCAGAGAUUUGUAUCAACCAGCUAGGAAAGAUCUAUACACUCCCGAAUAUCGAAAUCCAGGAAGCCUUCCUUAAGCUGCGGGAGCAAGCCAAGUGUCAUUAUCAGAACGACGCUGAGCUGCACAAUGGCCUCGACGUCAUCAAUAACACUAACCUCAACUAUUUCGGUCUUCAACAGAAAGCUGAAUUCUAUGCACUCAAAGGCAUGUUCUUGGCCAAGCUCAAGCAGUCCGACGACGCUGACAACGCUUUUGGGGUUGCUUUGCAUUAUGAUCUUCGCCUGGCGAAAGCAUGGGCCGAAUGGGGUCAGUACUGCGAUCGAAAGUUCAAGGAGAAUUCGCGUGACAUUCAAGCUGCUAGUAAUGCUGUUAGAGUAUACCUAGAAGCUGCAGGUCUGUACAAGAACCACAAGUCGCGGAAAAUACUAAGUCGUGUGCUUUGGCUGCUUAGUCUUGACAACAAGGAGGGACAGAUAUCGAAGGCUUUCGAAGAGUUCAAAGGUGAUAUCCCAGUCUGGUACUGGACCACGUUCAUUCCACAACUACUUGGCAGUCUGGAACACAAAGAGGCGCCGUUAGCGAAGUCGAUCCUAGCACGAAUAGCCAAACAGUUCCCACAGGCUCUGUUUUACCACCUGCGGGCUACAAGAGAGGAGUUUAUGACCAAGAAGAAGCAAUUCGAGGCUAGACAGGCACAAAAAGAGGCUCGAGAAAAACAGCAGCAAGGUUCGCAGCAGACUCCAAAGCAUGAGCAAAGUCAACCUUCUCCUCAGCAGGAUCAGAACGGCCCAAAAUCACGUCCAAGUACCGCAAAUGGAGACGGUCAAGCACAGCCCAACAGCAACGCAACUCCUACUUCUCCGAAGCCCAAGCAAGAACCGAAUGGAGAUGCAAAGCCACCAGUUGACAGUGAAGCACCGAAAGCUGAGGCGCCGAAGAAACCUUGGGAUCAUGCAGAUGAAGUCAUGGCUGGUUUGAAGACAGCAUUUCCGUUGUUGGCAUUGUCAAUGGAAACCAUGACAGAUCAAAUCUCGAAGCACUUCAAAUGUCCUCCCGAUGAGGAUGCUCACCGACUAAUAGUUGCAUUGCUGAAUGAUGGGUUAGCGUACAUCGGAAGAACCCCGGUCUAUUACGCCGAAGGAGCGAAGUUGCCAACCGCCACGGAGGCAAACAUUACUAGAUUUGCUGAGUCUGUGCUUCCGGCGCAUCUGCGGAAUUCCUUUGAGGCGGACUUUGUUCGAGUCAAGCCAACAAUGUAUGAGUACAUUCACAAGCUACGAAGAUGGCGAGAAAAGCUGGAGCAAAAACUCGACCAUCGUCAGCAAUGGGGGCCCCUCGAAUCAUACAGUCACCACUUAAGUGAGUUCAAGUUCCUCAAGUUCGAUGAUUCUGUCGAAGUGCCCGGCCAAUACCAGGAACACAAGGACAAGAACACUGACUUCGUGCGUAUCGAGCGUUUUAUGCCUACGGUUCAACUGAUUCGUGGUAAUGGUGUAUGUCAUCGACGACUGACGAUACGUGGUCAUGAUGGCUCACUGCAUCCUUUCGCUGUUCAGCACCCAACUGGAAGAAAUGUUAGACGUGAAGAACGUAUCGUCCAAUUGUUCCGCAUUUUCAACCAAACCCUUGCCAAGCGAAAGGAAUCAAGAAGGCGCAACCUCUAUUUCCAUUUACCUUCUUUUGUGCCGAUAGCACCGCACAUCAGACUUGUAGAAGACGAUGCAAGCUAUGUAUCACUUCAAACGAUAUAUGAGGAUUAUUGUAGGCAAUCGCCCACGACUGGGUCGCCCAUGUCUCGUGAUGAUCCAAUUCUCUUCGGGUUUGAGCGAACAAGAACAAUCGUGGAGCAGAAUAAGACAACGUCACGCACUCCGGAGCAAAUGGCUAUGAUGAGGACUGAGCUCUUUAGUCAGGUUCAAGAACGCUGGAUGCCGAAUGUGAUUGCUCUUCGAUACUUUCAAGGCAUAUACUCAUCCUUUGCCGACUUCUGGCUAUUUCGCAAACACUUUGCCUAUCAAUACGCUGCGACCACGUUCCUCACAUACAUCAUGUACAUGGCGGCUCGUUAUCCCAGCAAGAUCAACAUCGCGCGUCGCAACGGUGACAUUUGGUCGUCAGAUCUGCUACCCUCAAUCAAUAGUCAGAGAGGUCUCUUCCUUAAUCCAGAAGCUGUGCCGUUCCGCCUUACUCCGAACAUACAGAUUCUUAUGGGGCCUAUCGCAGUCGAAGGAAUCUUCACAUCCUCACUCAUGGCUAUUGCAAGAUGUUUGGCAGAACACGACAGCGGCUAUGAUAUGGAGCAAACUCUAGCUAUCUUUGUCCGUGACGAAAUGUACAACUGGAUCUCAACCCGAUCAGGCGGUGGUGGUGUCGGUGGUCACGGUGCAGGCAUAGAGCUUGGUCGCCUCGAAGAUCCAAACGAACUCAGAGAAGUCGUGGCUGUCAACGUUCAGAGCAUCACUCGGCGAGCACGCAUGUUAGGAACGACUCAAUUAGGUGUCACGCCAACACCGCCUACUGCUGCUAACGCUAAUGCCAACACCAAUACUGCGAACACGAACGGAGAAGGAAGUGCUGCAGCAGUCGCAGCAGCUACGAAUCCCACAACAGCAGUAGCAACCACGGCGAAUCCUAACGCACCUGCUGGUGUUGGCGGCGUGCUACCAGCAUGUCAAAACGUGGUUGAUUUGGUCAGUAAGGCUACUGAUCCAAGCAAAUUGGCGCAAAUGGAUGGGCUGUGGUAUCCUUGGUUGUAA